CUUCCGGGCAGAAUUUACAGAGGCGCUCGUUAUAUGACCUGAGAGAAUCACGCCUGUUAUGAAGAAACCCUGAAGAUGUCAAAAGUCUGCCUGCAUUUAUCACGGUUUUCUUUGGGUCAUGAUGUUUUUACAAGCAGAACACUUGUGAAUUUAAGACCAUGCGCCACAAGGAUGCUGUCCUUAACAUCACAGCUUAAUGCAAAGUCCAGAAAACUUCCAGAUGAUAAUGAAGCAUCCAAACCCAUCCAGUUCUCAACCAGCAAAGCCAGCCACCGAAGCUGGAAAGUGGACCGUUCGAUGGGCAGCAGCUACCAGCGGCCCUGGUGGAAGGUUCUGCCCAUCAGCCUCGUUGGAGUGGGCUUCGUCGUCUGGUGCAUUUUCAGGAGAGAGACCGAGAUCGACGAGUCUCUGGAGAAAAACCUCCAUGAACAUUUACCAGGACUGCUGUUCGAUGAAGAACAGGAGGGAGUCGGCGUCAAAAACAAACCCUCAUAGUGGCUUAGAAGGGACAUUUUCAAGUUGGAAUGUUUAUUUAUUGUUCAAUGAGGAAUUUUCUCAAAACUGAGAAUUAUCAAAUUGUCUGUCCACAUUCUGUGCUCUUGAAAGUGGCUGUAUUAAACCGGAUCAUCUGUAGCUUGAUUUAUAUUGAAGAUUGUAAAGCCAGUAGCAUUGUAUUGUAAGCAAGCAUAAAGGAGAAGUCUGAAUUGUAAUUGUGGUGCGACUGCUAGUUUAAAUGUAAACAGGGAACCAUUAUUGAACACACUGAAAGUCACCAUUGAAAACAUACUACUUCAGCUGCAAAAUAAACUAAUUUUAGCAUUAUAUAAUCAAAGUGGGCAUGUAAAGAUCACUUGAUAUGGUUUACAGAUCAUAGAAAGUGAAACCUAAUUACGGCUUUCAAAACAUGACUUGUGUAAACAAGUGAAUCAAUCUAAAAUCAGGUUAAAUGUUGUACUGCUCAAAGGGUUUCAAAAAGGUGUGCUUUUCUGUUAUUCUUACAGAGACAAAUGUUUAAAUUAACUUGCUACUAGCGUCGGUCACUAAAGCAACACUAUUAGGACCUAAAAUGGAUUUAGCAAAAGUUUGUAGAAGUCAAAUGAAAACCACACAGCACCUUAAACACUGCUAAAGCCAAAAUAAUGAACUGCAAACAACACUGAGGUAGUGGAAAGUUUAUUUACAACCAAAUGGCCACAAUAGAAGAGAAACCCAAUAUAAUAACAAUAGAAAUAAAAGCACACAUUCUAAUUCAUCAUGAAGCAUGCAGACUAGGCAGAGGUAUAUGAAAGUCUAAAAUACAAACUUUAAAACCCUGAGGAGCUCCCGGAAUGUUCUGACGCUGCCCCCCUACUAUCAACUUGAACCACACAAUACCCCUCCCCUACCACAACUACCAAAAAAAAAACAAAAAAAAAAA